AUGUAAUAAAAAUUGAAAGGGGAACAAAAUUUUUGGAAGAACAAAAUUGAUAAAGAACAAAAUUUGAAUUAUCUUUAAGGAACAUUUUAUUUAAAUUAUUUUGUAGAUAAAGACCAGAAUUAAUUGAAAUAAAAGAAUAUAGAAAGUUAAGAAUCAAUAAAAAAUGAAAGUCAAUAAAAAAUUGAUGAGAGUUUAGAAAAAGCUGAAGAAAAAAUUUAGGAUGAUUUUUUAGACUCAUCCUCUAUUGAUUCAAACUUAGAACCUAUCCAAUAUUGCUUUAUGGUAUCAUAUCUAAUAAGCCCAACUGAAUAGUAUUUGAUAGUGAAUACAAAACAAGUUAAUUAUUGGUAAGUUUCAGAUAAAAUAAUCAUUUUAGACCUUAAAAAUUAAAUGUUUUUUUCAUUUUCGUUUAAAACUGAUCAUAUUGGAGCACCUCCUACAUGUUUUUUAUCUGAUUAUUUAAUAAGUGUUGAUGCAAAAUAUGGAGGAAAGGUGUAUUUUAUUUUUAUGGAUUUAUUAAAUCAUUGGGGAUAGAAAUUUAUUAUAACCUAUAAUUAUCCAUUGAUUUAAUUGAAUUAUGAUCGUUAAUUAAAUUGCGUAUUUUUAUUGACGAAAAAUAACAAAAUUAUAAAAUAAUAAUUGAAUUUAAUAAACCUGAAUUAGGAGGUAUAAAUUGUGUUGAAUUUUAAAAAAGGAUGGCCAUAAAAUAUGCUGGAAAGUUAUCCAUUACAAAGUUUUGAUAUUCUUAAUGAUUCCUUAGCUUUAAUCAGCAAUAGAAUCAAUUAAUUGUUCUUAAUAAAAAUAAGUAACGAAAUAUAAGUAGUUAAAUAUUAUUAUUGGAAAUCAGUAAAAUCUGAAGUGACUAAAUUACCUUUUAAUAAUAGUAUGGCUGUAAUUAGCAAUUAAUUGGAGGAUAUUUCACCAAUCUUAAUCGAUUAUAAGAGGGGAAGAUUAAUUCGAAAGGCACCUAAAGGAGGGGCUAAUAGUCAUCUAUAUUCAUAUAAAGGAUCUUGUUUCCUAUCCAGUAUUUAUUAAUCUUAUUUCUUCAGGCAUUUAACAAGAAGAUAGUUAGGGGGUACUUUAGUCGUAAGGAAUGAUAUUUGAUAUUUUAAGAGGAAAUCUAAAAUAUAAAAAGUUGAUGGAUAAGAUUUCGCUCGAAUAAAAUAACAUUAAAUUUACUCAUAAUAUAAUUGCACAAUAUUGCAAUGAUACAAUUAACUACAAGUUGAUAUUUUGA